UAUGAAAAUAAAUAGUUUUACACGCAUGUGAUGUGAUGGAUGGCCUCGAACUUUCACUUAAAUGCAUCACAGGCCAAAUUUCAUGUCACCAAAAUGAUGAAAUGAAAUGGAACGACAUGUGAGCCUACGAGUGGAGUGAAGCAGAGCCCACUCUUUUUUCAAGCGACACAAAUUACAGUGCUGUACCGUUUUUUCUCUACAAUCCGUACACAUUUUGUGUCUUAAAGCUGGAGAGAUACUAGGGUCUAACUCACAAUUCCGUCUUCUCCCAGAGAAAAUUUUCGCGGCCAAAUUUACCGCAAUUUUCGCGAUUUUUCAGAGAGAUAUGUUCUCUUAGGAUUUUGCCUUUUGUCGGUGUAAACACAUCAUAGUCUUGGGUCUGAUUCAAGCUGUUUCCAUUGACUCCCAGUUGCCUUCUGUAUGCCUUGGUUGAUAUGCUUAGAUUUUGAGAUUGAUUUAUAUAGAAGACCAGCAGAUGUCAGGCUCAAAGCCUUGUGAUCCUUCUACACAAACUGAAGAACUUGUGGGAGCUACAACGUUUGUGUCAUCUGCUGAGAAAGGGUCUGUAUUGUUGGUUGAAAGUGCUGGCAUUUCUGCAACUACAUUUGGAUCAUCUUCAAAUUCUGCUCAUGGCACUAUUGCAGGCUAUAAAUUUUCUAAGGAUCUUUGUCUGGAUACAACAUCUAAUGUUACAAAUAAUAAUCCUGAUAUUUUUAUGGAAAGCAUGCCAAGUGAAAAGAAGACAGAGUUCUUUUCAGACCAAACUGUAGAAAGUAAUUACAAUGAAAGUGAUGGUACUGAUGGUGGAAUGAUUUUGCAAGCAGAAUCUACACCUAAUGAAGCUCCAUCUGCUGAGGUGGAAUUGCAUUCUGAGAUUUCAAUUCCUGCUGUAACUGGCGAUAUUACGGAUCAUAAGCUCUGCAUGGGCAUUGAUUCCCCUGAAAAUAAUGCAAAGUUGGUUUCUGUGGAUGUUGAGGGUGACAAGAGUGCAAUUGUAGUCAGACGGCUUGAAGAUAAGGGUUGUGAUUCCAUAGAGAUUACUGGGGGAAAUCCAGCACAAGAUAAUCUAGCUGGAAUUCCAGUUGAUAUAUCACAUAUAAAAGAUGAAAGGGCAUCUAACAGAGUUGACCUUGUUGCUUCUACUGACAAGAUAUUUGUAGAAGAUGCUCACACAUCCAAUUUAGAAAUUAGUAACGAGGUGAGAAAUAUUUGUGUGUCUGAGAUGUGUUUUUCAAACUCUGCAAAUGAGGGGAAUGAAAAUAAUUUUGAAGAGAAUAAAGCUCAAGACAGUAAUGCUGUAAUUACGGUUGGUGAUGUUUUAUACAAAGAAGCUGAAAGAGCAGUUUGUAAAGAUGAUGUUUUUGCAGAGAAAAUAUCUGUUGAUGGUACAAACACUAACAACAGUGUAAGAACUCACAGUGAUGACACUAGUAACAGUCCCAUUUCUGAGAUUGAGCAUUCCAACACUGCAAAUGUGGUGAACAAAAGUCCACUUGGAAAUGCUAAAUCAUCUGCACUUGCAGAGUCUGCUGAUACUGGGUGUAUAACCAAUGGGAUCAUAGAUGGGUACGGGAGCUCUAGCUUUUCAGUUGAUGCUACAAAUGUGGUUACCGAGAAACUGGGUAGUGAAGUUAUCACUGAAGCUGGACAAAAGGUUGGCGUAAGGCAUUCUGGUACUGAUGAGAGUAUAUUCAAAGGCAAUCCAACUGAUUUUUUAUCUAGCAAGAAUGGAGAGUCAUCUGCAAAUGCUGAUCAUAAUAAUACAUUUACUGAGGACAUCCAUAACAAAAUUGGACAAUCUAGUGAAGAUCCUUCUCCUAUUAAUAAUAUUGAACCUUCUAAUGUAAAUUGUUUCACUAGAACUCAUGGCCUUGUUAAUACUGUUACAAUCACAAACUCAUCGAGUGCUAAUAUUAGUGAGAUGUCCGAUGACAAGCUUCCUUCGAUAGUGCCUGGCGUCUCUACAGCUGCCAUGACAGAUGGAGGACUAGAGUCCAAUUCAGAGCAAGAUGUUAUACAAAAUUCUGCAGAACAUGGUGUUCAAGAGGAAGUUGCAAAGAAAGAUCAGCCAAUACGAACUUCUGCAGAACAUGUGGUUGAAGAAGUUGUAAAACAAGAUGAAGUACAAACUGACGUAGAAGAUUAUGGUGGAGAGGGAGUUGUGGGGCAGAAAGUUAGGAAAAGAUUCGGAAAGAAGAAUUACAGUGGUCAAGUAGUUGCAUUUGAUCAAGAAACUUUGUGGUACAAGGUAACGUAUGAAGAUGGGGAUGAAGAAGACCUUGAAUGGGAAGAGGUAGAAGCUAUUUUAUUACACUCGAAGGGAGGAAAAUCAGCAGUUAGAAAGCGAAAAAGGUCUUCAGGAUUACGCAUUCGUGAACACAGAAAAUUCAAGAGAGUACAGAGACCCAAUGAGCCUGGAGAUACAAAGGCAAGAGAAAGAGAACCUUCAAUUUCAGUGAGGGGUAAAUCUAAAGAGAGUGAGAACAGGAAAGGGAAUGAAAAAAAUGGAGUUAAAAAUAAAGAGCUUUUGAUUUCAGAUGCUGCAGAUAGGUCUAUAACCAAUGCUAGAACUGUGGAAAGGAGAUGUUCAGAAGAGUUAAAUGCUACAAAGAGAAGAAAAUUGGAAGGAGAAUCUGUUGUAGAGCUUGACAAAGCAACAGAUUUGAGGACGAGAAACAAGCUCAUAGUGGAAUCGGUGUCUCAGAGUCAGAGCAACUCAACGGAGAAUAGGAUAUCCACACGGAAGAAUUCGGUCUCAUCAUCAAGUAAUCUUGAAGCUGUUAGUUGUUUGAAUGUAAAUAUUCUGAAUUCCACUCCCACAUAUCACGAUGUGACUAAAUCAGCGUGUCAUGAAUCUUCUGACAAGAAUAUUCCUGCACAAGGGGGAGGAAUUAGGCUUAUAGGAAGGAAAACAAAGAAAGAUUUUGGUGGUCAUCUUUACAAAGGAGAAGUGAUAGAUUUUGAUUAUAAAGCCAACUAUUACAAGGUUAAGUAUGAGGAUGGUGAUGAAGAGGAGCUUGAGUGGAGUGAAUUAGAGCCGACAUUGGUUCCUUCUGAUCAGAAACCUCUUUCAUUCAAAAACAUGCUUCGUGCCCGUAACAUGGCUGCAAGGCCUAAAGGCAAAGACCAUCCUAUUUCAUACAAAGGAAAUGCGGAUACAUCGUACCAAGAUCUAGUUUUGCCUGAGGGAGGGGCUACCUUGAGUGAGAAACAGAAACCUGCAAGUGUUUUGGAGGAAGUUAAAGAGGGCUUGCAUGGGAAAGAAAAUUCAUCUGGACAAGUGACGAUGCCUGUCGAGUUGAUUGGACAUACACCCUCACCAGCUCGGCCUCAUGCUGCUGCUCGUUUUGCUUCAGCUGGUGAUGCUGAUAACUAUGAAUACUUUGGCUGGGGAGAGGUAGUAGGCUUUGACAGGGCAAAGUGCCCAGAGCUUCGAGCAGCAAAACUAAUGCCAACAUCUUUGCCUAUUGUACAUUUAGCGGCAAGCCAACACCAUCUUGCAGCCAUUACUGCUGGUGGCCAGGUUUGGCUGUGGCGAAAUAGACAUGGCUAUAUUCAUACACGAUGUAAUGAAUGGGAAUACAUAGCUUCCUUGGAAGAGAAGGGAACUGUGUUGGUUGAUGUUGCAGGCCCAGACCUUGAUAGGGCUUCUAGUGGAUAUGAAGCCAAUCAAGAAGAUCAGGUCCCAGAUCCCUUUUAUCUUGUAGCAGUUGGUUCUGAUGGAGAGGAUUUUAUUCUCCAGGGCUCACAACCCCAGGAAACUGUCCGAACAUACCAACUAAGUGAUGAACCACAGUAUCUAUCUCUUAAAGGUUCUCUUUUGCAGUCGGGCCAAUCAUUGCUAGAGAGCUUAGGUCGAAUUGUACAAAUAAGUGUGGGAACUGUAGAGGCGCCAGAUGAAUCACCCUUCAUUGGGUACAUUACUGAUACUGACCAUGUGUAUAUACGUUCUGCCACAAAAGAUUAUAUGGAGGAGGUCAACUUAGUUUCUGGUUACACAGGCAAACCAAUCAAAAUUCAGUGUGGCAGAGUUUACCAUGCCAUAAUAAUGACAGAUGAUGGUCGUGCUUGGACUUGGGGUCGUGGUUAUUAUCAUGGUCCAACAGGAUUUUCUGCGGCUACAUGUCAGCCUGCUGUAGGGACACUUGUUGGACGCAAGGUUAUUGAUGUUGGAUGCUAUGGAGAAGACUUCAUCGCUCUUACAAAUGAUGGAGAUGUUCAUCAAUGGACUCAUGCUGUACCAAAUCCUGCAGAUGGAGUAUAUAAUGUGCCUGCUACUCCAUUGUAUGGGCGUGGCCCUUGCAUUCCACAUGGUGAGAAGUUGAAGCAAGUAUCCAUUGGUGCUGGUAUGUGUGCUGGAGUUACAGACAGUGGUAGGGUGCAUAGUUGGAGGACUGCAAUGAAAGGUGGACUUAUAGGCAUCUUAGUACCAGAGAAGGAAGCUCUUACACCUCUUGGCCAUGAAGAAAAUCAGGACACUGCAAUCGUUUCUUUAGGGAACAGGACUGCUACAAAAGUAAUAUGUGUAGCUGGAUCCUUGAUAGUCAUUGUAAAGAAGAAAGCUAGAGGUCGAACAGCAGGACCAAGGAAGAUGAAACAGAAAACCAACACUGAAUCUGGAAUAGUGGGGCAAUCCUAAAUGCAAUUCAAUUUCAUUUCAUACACUGAAUCUUUUGGAUGUGGACUUUCGUUUCAAUUAUCCAUCUUUAUAAAAUUACCACUGUACAGUGUAAAUGAUGUUAACAUGUACAUUGUAUUUUAAAUUUUAAAUCUCCUUUCACGGAAUGAUAGUAACAGCCUUCAUUGCAAGUAGUUAUGUUUUGAAGUUUUAUUGGGUAGAAAUCUGCCUGCAGUUUCUGAAGAUUGUAAUGAUGGUUUCAGUACAAAGUACAUUCAUCAUUCAUGCACUAUUUCACAAAUUGGUUCCUAUAUUGCCACCAUGUCAAAACUGUUCAAGGAGUUUCAAAACUUAAUCCACCAAAAGUAUGUCUAGGUGAAAAUUGUCAUUGAAA